AUGGCAACUAAAAAAAGGAUUGAAGAUGCAAGAUUUUUCAUUCUGAAUGAAACUGUGGCAUUUGUCCUACCUGCAUCGGAUUCGAAAUUUUGCAUAAAUACCAAAAAUAAUUAUUUGAUACAGAAUACUGAUGCGAGCUCCGAAAGACAUUUAAAAAAUUAUAAAAACCACAGAAGAUUGUCUGGAUUGCUUUGCCUUGAAAUCUUAAAAGUUUUGAUCAAUAUAAAAGAUUUUAUUAUACGACCUGCAAGGCCCUCAAGCUCAAUUAAGUUAAAUAAAAUGGAAAAUACAAAUUUAAUCGAAAGAAAUAACGUUCAAUCAGAAUUUACACGUGGUAUCCCAAAAUUUCCUCCCCAAAUUACCGCAAAUGAUCUAAUCGAGAAAGCAAUUUUAAAACUCAAAACGUCCGGACAGACUUCACGAACUCCCAAUGCAUUUAUUGCGUAUCGUAUGGCGAUUUGUAAAGAACUUCGUUUAUCUAAUGAUCAAGUACUUUCUCAAACUCAACUUUCAACGCUUGUUAAAGAAUCUUGGGUAAAUGAACCAGAACACGUCCGCCAUGCAUACCAAGAAAUUUCGGCGGAAGCAAGAGAUCUUUACAAGCAAAUAAUUCAAAAAUAUGAACCAAAAUACAAACCAGAGUAUGAACCAGAAUUUAAAUCAAAGUAUGAACCAGAAUUUAAACCAAAUCAUGAACCAGAAUUUAAACCAAAGUAUGAACCAGAAUUUAAACCAAAAAACAACAAUUUAUUUCUAUUCGAUUCCAAUGUAGCAACUGAUACUUUUGGAGACAUAGAAGUAUCAGAUUCUCAGUCAUCAUCUCCUGCUGCUGAAAUCGAAUUAAUCCCAAAUCAACUUACGAAUUCUCUAAUGGGCUCAGAUGAUAGUUAUGACUUUAGCCAAAAUUCGAGUCAAAAAGAAAGCAACGCGAGAAAACAUGAACAAUGCGAUUGCUGUAAAGAAAAAAUUACGAAAUUGGAAAACAAAGUCAAUGACUUAGAAGAAAAAGUCUCGUUCUUGAUAGGGGAACUCGUAGGCUUAAAACUAACUCAAAACCAAUAUGCACAUAAAAUGUAA